GACGGAGGCCAUUUUGAAAACCAGUAUCUCAGGCUGUUGCAGAUCUUUGUUGUAUCUUGAGUUGAAAACCUAGACCCAGUCAGGAUGCCGACACCCUACACAUCUAUACAAGAGUACUACCAACGUCAGGCACACCAUCGGCUCAGGUGGUUUUGCCAAGGUGAAGUUGGCACAUCACAUCUUGACAGGAGAAAAAGUGGCAGUGAAGAUCAUGGAUAAGGCAGCACUGGGGCCGGAUCUUCCCCGUGUGCAGAUUGAGAUAGAAGCCAUGAAGACCUUAACACAUCAGCAUGUGUGUAAACUGUACCAGGUGUUGGAGACAGACACCAAAAUCUUCAUGGUACUGGAGUACUGCCCAGGAGGAGAACUGUUUGACUACAUCGUUGCCAAAGACAGGCUGCCCGAGGAGGAAGCUAGAGUGUUCUUUAGACAGAUUGUGUCUGCAGUUGCCUACAUCCACACAGAAGGGUACGCACACAGGGACCUCAAACCGGAAAACCUUCUCCUUGAUGAAACCCACAACUUGAAACUGAUAGACUUUGGCCUAUGUGCCAAACCUAAGGGUGGGAUGGACCACCAGCUGAGCACGUGUUGCGGCAGCCCUGCCUACGCCGCGCCAGAACUGAUCCAAGGGGACGAGUACCUAGGAGCAGAGGCAGAUGUUUGGAGUAUGGGAGUGUUGCUGUAUGCCCUGAUGUGUGGCUUCCUGCCAUUUGAUGAUGAUAAUGUCGGAGCUCUGUACAGAAAAAUCAGGAAAGGACAGUAUGAAAUCCCAGACUGGUUGUCUCCGCAGAGUGUGGACCUUAUCAAUGUCAUGCUACAGGUUAAUCCCAAACUCAGAAUUAAUGUCAAAGAGCUGCUGUGCCACCCUUGGCUGACAGAGGGCCUUGCUGAACCCAUCGACUACAAGACCAAGUACAAUAAUAACCAUAUAGAUGAUGACUGUAUCACAGAGAUGUCCAUUCACUUCAAAAAGUCCAGAAAUACAAUGGUCAACAUCAUCAAAGAUUGGAAGUAUGAUGACAUCACAGCCACCUACUUCCUCCUGCUGAACAAGAAGAGGCGAGGAAAGCCUUGUCGGAUCCUGGUGCCUCCUGUCCUGUCCCCUAAACAUGCGCCAGAUACUCCGCUGGCAGAUAUCACAGAUAAGGUUUCUGGGAACUUGGCAGAUCUUCCUGAUGACAUCUUUAACCUGAUGGGCCCGAGCACGCCACUGAAGGACAGCAAGAAGAACAGCAACGGGAAUGAUGACUUCAUCAUUGGGCGCCGGACGCGCAAGGAGAGGGACAGCGAGGAUGAUGCAGACAUCUCACCACCUGAGGAGAAGAAGACAAAGAAAGAUGACGACUACAUGUUUGUGAGGCCAGACCCCCUGUACUCAUCGGGAAGGUACCGCAGGGGGGGCACUCCUGCUAAACAGGGCAAGGUAGCAACAGGGGUAGUCAAGAAUAUAACCCCCUUAAAGGACAGGAGAAGGUCCAAGACUCCACCCCCCAUUCCCGUCUGCAGGGCCACCCCACCAAUCAAACUCAUGCAGCCAAUCAAACAGGAGGACGGAGGUGCAGGCCCAAGAUCUGUUGAUGACAACUUGUGUGGCCUUGGUACCUUCAGUCCAGAAAGGAGAACCCCGUCUGUGGAGCGUCAUAUUGACAUGGCCAACCUCAUCGCAUCCUCGGACAAGCGUCGUAGACCUGGAUCUGCCAAGAAGGUGUUUGGUAGCAUAGAGAAGAGGCUGGACAGGAUGAUCGGCCUGCUCACACCCAGUAAGAGGAAGGCAUCAGUAGCUGAGGAGCCCAGGCAACUCAAGACUGUGUUAGCUGAGGGCAUGGAGGGUACCUUGGACAAGAUGAAGGAGCUGAAGGACCUGGUAACUCCUGACAAGUGGAAGUCUUCCUCCACCUCCUCUGAGGAGGGACCCAGGAAACUCAGGAAAGGAGACUUGGACCUCCUGAGUGUGAAGAUCACGUCCAGUCUCAAUGCGGAGCACAUUGUGGCCGAACUCUCACAGGAAGCUCGCAAGAAGUUCAUGCUGUGCAAGGAAAAGGGGUACAAUGUGAGGUGUAAGCGAGUGGAUGCUCGAGGGAAGCCGACACUGUUGUUUGACAUGGAGGUGUGUCAGAUGCCCAGCCCACAGUCCAACCUGCUGGGGGUCCGCUGCAAGAGGGUGAAAGGAGACACCUUUGACUACAAGAAGGCCUGCGAGGACGUGCUCAGAGGCGCUAAACUCUGAAACUCAUGUCAGAAUACUGGAGAGCUGGAGGGAAGUGAUGUCUCCUGAUGCACGCAGGAAGGAAAGCUGUCACUUGUACAUAGAGCCUUGGUGGUGGGUUAGCCAUAUCCUUCUGUAAUCAUUACUUCUGUACAUGUACAGUAAUCAGGACUUAUACAGGUUAUGAUCAUUAAGUUCUGAGAAUAAUUUGCUAAGAGCAGAGCUUCAAUCCAGUCUUAAUAGUUGUGCUAAUAAGCAUUUAGCAGAACCAUCUUAAAGAUAUUUGCUGAAGAUGACAGUUAACAUGUAUGUUAUGUAUGAAGUUUUAAUACAGUGUCAUCCACUUCUAUUAUUCAGUGUGAACAAAAUUUAAAAAGCAUGUUGUUAAGCCCAGGUUUAGCUUCUUUAGUCAGUUUGUCACAUAUAAAGAAAAAGUUUUGUUGAAAAAUUCAAAGUACAUAGUGGAAGAGUAGCUUGUAUACCCUUGUAUGAUUUAAUUUUAGAUUAUGAAGGCUGUAUUGGUCAGUAAUUCAUGUACACUACACUUAUUGUGUGAGAUUGUGCAUCUAGUCUAAUAUAAAUGUAUUUGCGCAUAAAACUAAUUCAAGUCAAGAACCAGGGAUUUUCUUAGAUUUUUCAUUACUAACAGUGGUAAAACUAAAAGCAAUCAUUAUAAUAACUACUGUGUAUAAGUUGUGAAGCGAAGGUGAAGACAAAUAGAGAUGAAAAACAAUUCAGUUCAUUCAGAUGGCCUCCACUGGAAGGAGCAUUCGUGCUAAUUACGGAAUUAAGCCUGUACAAUGUAAAUAACGUCUACAUUAAGAUAACCUUCUGUCAGCCGUCCUAUCAUCAUGUUACUAUUGUCUUGUUUAUUGUACUAUUCUGGAUUUGUCCAGACUGUAGAGUGUUAUUGCACAGUUUUCCAUCAUCUUGUUUGGCUGUCAUGUGAUUACAUGUGUGAGACACUUUUAUAAAAUAUCAUGUCUGACAAA